GCAUCUGCCACCCCAUCCUGGCCACAUUCCCUUGCGCAUGAAAUGGCAUUGCCACUUGCAAGCUACCGCCGCAUGUGCUUCGUGCAUCCCCUGAGUUCGAGCUUGUGGAGAAUUAUUAUGCGCCCCGCUCCCAGUGCGACGAUAUGGAAGACAUACAAGCCAGGCGCCGCUUAUGCUGACGUCGCUCGCGAACGAGACCUCGUUGCGAUGGUCGAGCGCCGCCACGUUGUCGGGGCGUGUCCUAAUGCCGUUCGUAGAGACGGGCUUCUGCGUAGCAGCAUCGCCUUGAGUCAAUAUCGGCCCCCAGCACAGCCUGUGCCACAGGCGCAGCGCUCAAAUCACGAACGCGAGCUCUUGGCGUCGUUCCCGCCAACCUCAGACCACACGAGAGUCUCGUGACGAGAGAGGUCGGAAGAACACUUAGCCUCUCGACUUUUCUGCUGUUGCUUGUGGUCCACCGAAGCCAAUGUUGAAGUGUGCCAGUGACAACUCCAUUGCUGGGCCACACGUAUUGAAGUCGCGCUCGCUUACAGAGAGAGAGAGGAACGGCUUGACUAAGCAGCGUUGAAUUUGGCAGCAACCUCUCUAUGCUUGGAAGGGACUUGGGCUCAAGUUGAGCAACCUCAUUCACUGUUGUCUUGAGAAGUUCGACUUCAAGUAAUCAUUUGGGACAUCGAUUGGUAGUAGAAUAGCAAAUAUUGCUAAUUCAUCAAAUUACUCAUAUCAAAUUAAGCAGAUAAAAUGAUAUGUUAUCAUGUUAGAAUUAGAGAUAUAGUUCGGAUAUUAUAAUUCCAUCC